GAUAGGGGCUGUUAUCGAAGUCACGCGGCAGUACUGUGACUAACUGUAAGUUUUUAUUUCAGGAGUGUGUUGUGUGGAAGUGAGGAAACUUUGCUUUGACUUCUGGAGGAUAAGCUGAUAAUUAUUCCCGUACCCUCAGGAAUGGUCGGGAAACGACGGUGAAUAGCUGAGGAGGAGACGCUGAAUAAAAGGGUUUAAUAUUCUCCUCAGGGUUGUUGCAUAAGCCUGGUUUCUCAUGGCAAGUAGGGAGGUGGGCGAGACGACUCCCCUCUUGGAGAGUUCAGGGACUGCCAGCAGAGCUCCUGUGUCCAUUUUCCAAGGCAGGAGGCUGGCCUGUGCUGCCAUCCUGCUGGCUGAGUCCCUGGAGCGUGUGGCCUUCUACAGCAUCACCUCAAACUUGGUGCUCUUCCUAAACAGCAAGCCCUUCUACUGGGAGGGUACGCAAGCGAGCCAGGCACCCCUAGUCUUCAUGGGGGUCACCUAUCUGAUCUCUCCGUUUGGGGGUUGGUUGGCGGAUGCCUGCCUCAGCAAGUUUUGGACCAUUGCAGUCAGCCUGGUUCUGUACCUGGCUGGCAUCCUCUUCUUCCCCUUUGUGGCGGAUGAAGGAUCCCAGACUGCCCUGUGCGGGGAAGAAAUGGCCUUCCCUGUGCAGCCCCCGGAGUGCCUGAGUUUCAACAGCACGCCACCCAGCAAUGUGUCAUGUCCCACUCGCGUUCCUUACUGUGGGACCGUGAUAUACAGCAGCCUGGCCCUCAUCGCCUUGGGCGUUGGAACGGUGAAAUCCAACAUCACUCCAUUUGGGGCUGAUCAGGUAAAAGACAGAGGACCGGAGGCAACACGGCGGUUCUUCAACUGGUUCUACUGGUGCAUCAACCUGGGGGCCAUCAUGGCUCUGGGUGGCGUGGCCUACAUCCAGCAAAACAUUAGUUUCAAGUUGGGCUAUGUCAUCCCAGCUGUAUGUUUGGGCGUGUCCCUCCUAGUCUUCCUCCUGGGGCGCACCGUCUUCAUCACCAAGCCGGCUGACGGCAGUGCCUUCACCGACAUGUUCAAGAUCCUCAGUUUCGUUUGCUGCUCCUCCCGCAGGCCCAAGGAGCCACAUCUACUCCGUCCUAGACCACGGCUACUGGACACUGCUAAAGUGACCUACGGGGGGGCAUUCUCGGAGGAGAAGGUGGAGGAGUUUAAGGCCCUGGUAAAAAUCAUCCCCGUCUUCUUGGCACUCAUUCCCUACUGGACUGUGUACUUCCAGAUGCAGACAACGUAUAUCCUCCAAAGCCUGCACUUGAGAAUCCCAGAGUUUUCCUGGAAUGUUUCAUCGAACAGCAGUACCCCAAACCAGGUGUCGUUCCGCUUCCCGGCAGCCUGGCUCACCAUGUUCGACGCCGUGCUCAUCCUCCUGCUGAUCCCACUGAAGGACAAGGUGGUGGACCCCAUGCUGCGCCGUCGGGGUCUGCUGCCCUCCCCGCUCAAGAGAAUUUCCGUGGGAAUGUUCUUCGUCAUGGGGUCCGCCGUGGCAGCUGGCAUCCUGGAGACCAAGAGACUGGAGGACAUCAGAGUUCAUGGCACCAUUGACCAGAUAAUCAGUGGGGUGACCUUCCAUGCCUCUGGCCUGCCUGUGUGGUGGCAGGUACCCCAGUACGUCUUAAUUGGCAUCAGCGAGAUCUUCGCCAGCAUCGCGGGUCUGGAGUUUGCUUACUCUGCUGCCCCCAAGUCCAUGCAGAGCGCCAUCAUGGGACUCUUCUUCUUCUUCUCCGGGAUUGGCUCCUUUGUGGGCUCCGGCCUGCUGGCCCUCGUCUCGCUCAGGGGUAUUGGCUGGAUGUCUUCACACAAGGAUUUCGGCAACAUCAACGACUGCUCCCUGCAUUACUAUUUCUUCCUGCUGGCUGGCAUCCAGGGGGUGACGCUGCUCCUCUUCUUCAUCGUGUCUGUGAGGUAUGAGCAGCAGAGAGCUCGUUCCGGAAGCCUGAGGCAUGGAGCAGCCACGCCCUCCUGACCCAGCCAAACAUCUCCCUCGCGGAUUGGGGGCUUCCACUGUGCUUUUUUUUUCUCCUGUUGUUUUUUUUUUUUUUUUUUGGGGGGGGGGGGGGGGGUGGAUUCUUCGGUACUUCAGUUUUUGUUUCUUUUACGCUUCUCCUGCAGUCCUGCUUCUUUGUGUAACACCAGAAUUAAUGAUUAAGGUAUGACUAUUUAUCCUGAGAGCAAAUAUGAGAACAGCGUGAUUUAUGUUCUUGAAUAUUAUACAUAUUACGAGUAUGAAUA